AGGAACGGAUUACCAUGUGACCAAAAUCAUGUGACAUUAAAUGCGGAAGUCAUCAGUAAAGUAGCAUAUGUCAAUGCGAGAACAUCAAGGGUAGGUAAGAGGAAUUGGGAGACGAGUUGGAGAUAUGAAGCGUUUGUGGCUUUCAAGCUUUCUCUGCAUGUCCUGUUUUUGGAAUGUUUGUUAUCCUCUGGAAAAUGGAAUGCUCUUUCCACGUGAAUCCCCUAGCCGCGAAAUUAAAGAUCUGAGUGGAUUGUGGACAUUCAGAGCAGAUUUUUCGAAGGACAGGAAUUUGGGAUUUCAGAAAUCAUGGUUCCAAAGUCCGCUGACCAAGACAGGUCCGGUGAUUGAUAUGCCUGUACCUGCCAGUUACAAUGACAUUACUCAGGAUGUCAAGCUCAGGGAUUUCAUAGGCUGGGUGUGGUACGAGAGAGAAGCGUGGAUACCAGACAGCUGGCUGCAGGAUGUGGGUCGACGGAUUGUGCUGAGGGUGGGGAGCGCUCACUAUUACUCCGUGGUUUGGGUGAAUGGGGUUAAAGUGACCGAACAUGAGGGCGGCCAUCUUCCUUUUGAAGCUGACAUUGGCACAGUCGCCCGAAAGAGUCCUGGAACACCCUGCCGCAUCACCAUUGCGGUCAACAACACUCUUGACCUCCACACCUUGCCACCAGGAACCAUCCAGCAUAUGGAUGACCCCAAAAAAUACCCAGCAGACUAUUUUGUGCAGAACACUAACUUUGACUUCUUCAACUAUGCUGGCAUACACCGUCCUGUCCUUCUCUACACUACACCAACUGUGUACAUCGAUGAUAUCACAGUGCAGACGACCUUUUCAGACAGCACGGGGGCUAUUAGUUAUGAGGUGUCUGUGCGAGGCUGUAACAGUACCGUAGUGAAGGUGUCGCUCACGGACAAAGAUGGGAAAUGUGUAGCCUCUUCCAGUGGAGCCAGUGGCGUUCUCAAAGUGCCAAAUGUCAACCUGUGGUGGCCCUACCUGAUGCACGAAAGCCCAGGAUACAUGUACUUUAUGGAGGUACAGGUGGCAGAAUCCAAAAAUGGCAUUAAGGGGGACAUGUACACUCUACCGGUUGGCAUCCGCACAGUCCAGGUCACCAACACCCAGUUCCUCAUCAACAACAAACCCUUUUACUUCCAUGGGGUGAACAAGCACGAGGACUCCGAUAUUCGAGGGAAGGGUCUAGAUUGGCCCCUUAUUGUGAAGGACUUUAACCUGCUCAAGUGGCUUGGUGCAAACUCCUUCCGUACCAGCCACUACCCCUACGCUGAGGAGAUCAUUCAGAUGUGUGACCGCCAUGGCAUCGUGGUCAUAGAUGAGUGCCCUGGAGUGGGCAUCAAAGACAUACGCAGUUUUGACAACGCCUCCCUCGCCCAUCACCUGGUCGUCAUGGACGAGCUGGUACAGAGAGACAAGAACCACCCUUCUGUGGUCAUGUGGUCUGUGGCCAAUGAGCCGGCCUCUGAGAUGCCCCCAGCUGGAUAUUACUUCAAGUCUCUGAUAUCUCACACAAAGUCUUUGGAUGUGACUCGACCAGUAACCUUUAUCACUGACAGUUACUUCGCCAGGGACAAGGGAGCCCCCUAUGUGGACGUGGUGUGUGUGAACAGCUACUUCUCCUGGUAUCAUGACCCCGGUCACCUAGAGGUCAUCUCCAUCCAGCUCAACACCCAGUUUGAAAACUGGUAUGGAAUGUACCAGAAACCCAUCAUUCAGAGCGAGUACGGGGCAGAUGCCGUACCUGGACUGCACAAUGAUCCUCCUAUGAUGUUCACAGAAGAGUACCAGAAAACAGUCCUGCAAAACUACCACAGUGUGUUUGACGAGAAAAGGAAGAAAUAUGUAAUCGGCGAGCUUAUUUGGAACUUUGCAGAUUUUAUGACUGCACAAACCAUCACUCGUGUCGUGGGGAACAAAAAGGGCGUCUUCACCCGUCAGAGGCAACCCAAAGCUUCUGCCUACAUCCUGAGGGACCGGUACUGGAAAAUAGCCAAUGAGACAGGCAUCCUCCCAGUCUGGGCUAGGUACCCCUGCUCUUAGGACAGAGGCAGACUUAGCCAAAUGCACCUUAAAAGUGAAAUUAAUGUUUGGAAGCAUACAACUACCAAAGCGCCUGGUGCUUUCAAGAUUUCUUUGGUUCAUACAGGCCCAGUAGAGCCUGAGAAUUACAUGUCAGUUUAUCACAAGUGGCUUCCAAAAUCAGGUGAUUAGUUUUAUUAGUUGUUUAUGUUUUGAUGUUUAUCACUCAUUUUACUGCUUGGUUUCAAGUGGGGGGAAACACAUACAACAUAGAUGCUGGUGCCAAUCUGAAAUCCAAAAUGUGGUUCAUGAAGGUAAUUUUCUCCCCAGCAUCACACAGCAGUGGGACCACCUCAUUCAGGGAAGUGACUAACACUGAAGUUAAGACUUAUAACUAUAGCUGCCAAGCGGUGUUCUUCAUUUGAAACACUUAUAUGUCCAGUUUAUUAGAAAUCCUGUCUUGGGAAGCAGUAGGAAAAAGAAAGAUGCUGUGCUGUCCCUCAGCCAGUAUGUGCAGCUGGCCUGUGUUUUACAUCAUUUCAUUGGCAAAUUAUGCAGGCGUUUAGCCUUUUUAUUCCUAUCAAUUUUAUGCCUAAAGAAUGAAUGGGGAAUGUUUAUGCUAUUCUUUUUUUUUAUCAAUAUAAAGUUCAUGUGUGGAUAUUUGUUUUGAUCAUGCUGGAAGACUUCAGAAUGUUAUUUUUCUAUAUCAAUAAAAUCAAAUUCAAAGUGA